UGUGGGGCCGGAUCUUGGUUCGUGCGGCGCAAACUCAAGCAGUCAAUGGUGGCCGCAGCCAAUGACAGCUUAAGUUACCCGCUAAUGGAGAUUCGGUCUGUUUUGUUGCUGGGCAACUUCUCCAACAAUAACAUUGUAUUGUGGCUCACCCAGAUCUCCUACCUACCCGCCUCAUCAAAUCACCCUCUUCAGUCUUUCACUGAUGAGGGUCAAAUCCACUGAAUACACAAAUCUCCCAGAGUUAUGGCAGCUGACAACCUCCGAGAGCGGAACUCGCGUCGCAAGAUGCUACGAGCCAUCAAAGAAUCCCUUGAACAAUUAACAAGCCCUUAUAUCUCACAUGCCGACCUGAGGCAAUUGGGUGGUAUACAGCAACUCUGGAUGUCAAUGUCCCUAGAAAAGGAGCGGUAUCUAAACCAAUACUUCCAGAACUGCACCCUGUCAAAACAGGAUCUGAACCCCCCUGGUUCAUUCUAUGUUGAUUUCGGAAGCUUCAAAUUUGGGAAGCUGAUGGAUGUAUCCAAAGAACCCCGGUGGCAGGUUCAGGCAGCCUGGAAUAUAGCACAUGCUACAGUUCCCCAUAUGAAAGUCCUGAUGUACAGUGGCAUAAUUGAAAAUAAGGAUGAACUGUUUCGUGGAGAGCUGCUGGCCAUUAUUGAUGUGAUAAGUCAGUGGCUAAACAUGAAGUCACUUCACCUGCAUAUUGUUGCUUCUAUAAGUGUCUUUUCAAGAAAUGCCUUGCAAAGGGAGACACAGAAUACUAACACUUUUCUUCACAGGUUUUGUUAUUUUCUGUGCUAGGAAUGCACCAUAUUCAGGUCCUGGAGGUAUAUUUUAAUGACAAGAAGCACCAGAAUCACAAACUUUUAAUUCAGCUAUCAAAUUGAUGGCUGAGCCAUGCAAGUGAUAUAUCAACACAAUAGUAUUAAAUUCAAUAUAGUGAUAUGAUUGUUUACUUCUUAGAAAUAGAACUAAAUAGAACUAAAUGAGAUCUGAU